CGCGGCGCGGCGGGCUGCGCAAGAUGGCGGCGAGGCCGGAGGGCGGGUCGGCGGCCGAGGCGUACGGGUCCAACCGCUACGUCUCGCUGCCGGCCGAGCUCGACCCCGCCACGUAUGACGCGUCGCCGGAGAAGCGGCGCGCCGAGGCGGAGCGCCUGGCCAUCCGCGCCCAGCUCAAGCGGCAAUACCAGCUGCAGCUCAACGACCCCCACCGGCCGGCCGUUAUCGAAGACCCGGCCUUGAUCCGCUGGGCCUACGCGAGGACGCAGAACGUGUACCCGACCUUCCGCCCCACGCCCAAGACGUCCUUCCUGGGGGCCCUGUAUGCCAUAGGGCCCAUCCUCUUCUGGAUAUACGUCUUUAAGACGGACAGGGAUCGUAGAGAGAAGCUUAUCCAAGAAGGUAAAUACAAGCGGCCACUCAGUCUUUUUUAAGUUCCUGGAAUCAGUGCUGGAAUCAAGCAGCACUGCUAUUGGGACACAAAUAAAAUAAAUAAGAUUCAGUAUAUACUGACAUUUCUGCUUCCUAAGAAUAAAUCUGAAUUACCCCUUU